AUGAUCGGCGCCGGAACACAAGUCUGGGAGUUCCUCAGAGGCGUGGUGUGGGUGGCGCAGCGGUACGCCCACACUUUCCCUCCCUCUCCAACCUUCGCAGAGAGCCCAAAAGGUCUCCGAAACUCACGAGGCCCGUCUCAUUCCACACCCCACCGUAAUAACCCAAUUUUAGCUGAAAUUAAAACGCACAUUACCGCGGAAACAUCGCUAGAAUUUUGGCAACCGGCAACAGCUAGCGACUUGCAAGUAGACGGGGGUAAUGCCCUCCCCACUCCAUUGCAAGGCCACCCAGGGCCGCAUUCUGAGCGUAGCCAUGGUAAUUGCGUGGGCGAGCCUCGUUGCGAUAGUGAUGCCACCCCACACCCCAAUCCCUGCAACGUUCGACGCUUAUACUCCAACUCCUUCCAAUCUAUCUCAAUCGAACCGAAAUCUCUAAAUCCAGGUCAUUCUGCCGUUUCUUAG